UGAGUUCUUGGGAGUUGCUGGACAGCCAUUGCAGUGUCGUGGCUUCAGUAACAAAACACGAAAAAAAAGGAGAGGAAGACCUUUUUAAGACAUUUUCUUGAACGGGAGACCAAUUUACAUGACUAUAAAAAAGAGCGAACACACGCUGUAAAUUAAUCUACACUUAAAAAAAACGGAAUUCAACAGCUCCGGAUAUGUCAUUCAUAUUUGAUUGGCUUUAUAGCGGUUUCAAUGGCGUACUACAGUUGUUAGGACUGUACAAGAAGUCCGGCAAGUUAGUAUUUCUUGGCCUGGACAAUGCUGGCAAAACGACGCUACUGCACAUGCUCAAAGAUGACAGAUUGGGACAGCAUGUGCCAACUUUACAUCCAACCUCGGAAGAGCUGACGAUUGCUGGCAUGACUUUCACCACUUUCGACCUUGGAGGCCACGCACAAGCCCGCAGAGUGUGGAAAAACUACCUCCCUGCCAUUAAUGGCAUUGUCUUCCUUGUGGAUUGUGCAGACCUCACCAGAUUGGCUGAAUCAAAAGCAGAGCUUAAUGCAUUAAUGACGGACGAGACUAUCGGAAACGUGCCUAUCCUGAUCCUGGGCAACAAGAUCGACAGACAUGAGGCCAUCAGCGAGGAGAAGUUGAGAGAAAUCUUUGGAUUGUACGGACAGACGACAGGCAAGGGCACCAUUGCCAUGAAGGAGCUGAACACAAGACCACUGGAAGUGUUCAUGUGCAGUGUGUUGAAGAGGCAGGGCUAUGGCGAGGGCUUCCGCUGGCUCUCCCAGUACAUCGACUAAUAGCAGCCAAGCCCCGUAACACACCGACAACACCACCACCACCAUCGGGGGGGGGCGCUAAACCCAACCACUCAAGACGCCCACCGUUUGCCACCAGUACCAUCAUACUCAGCCCCAUGUUUGGUUAAACAAGUCUGCCUCCACCUUCAGAGAAACCAGUACAACUUGAUCCCAAUAGACUUUUAUUGGUCGAACAUUUGGUUCUGCACUUACAGAAUUCAUACCUGUACGCGCACACACUCAUUUCCAUCUCUCUGUCUUUUUCUAAGAGAGUAACAUAGCAUUGGUUCCACAGCAAAGGGUGUUCAAAUUCAAACGGAUGAAUCUUUUCUAUAUUGUGUCUGUCGUUUGCUGCCCUCCCUCCCUUCCUGCCAUCUGUUGAGUGUGAUGAUAGAUGCAUUAUAACUGUAAAUCUGUACAUGAUUCCAUCGGUAUAUCAACAAUCCCUGAUGCCUCGUCCCCCUCUUCAACUCAUUUUGAGCAAUGAGAGAGUGCAACAUAGUUGUAUACAUUGCAGUACACUUUUUUUUUUUUUAACAGUAAAGACAUUCAUUCAACAUUGUAUUUAAUCAACACGUUUUGCUUUGUCCUUUUUUUUUUUUACAUAAUUUCAGUAAAAAAACUUGUGUGGCCACGUAUACAGCCCUCAUAAUAGAAGUUUGGCUGUUUCACCCAUUUAUUAAAAUGGACCAGUGCAUUUAUGUUAGCGUAUCAGAAAUUAGAUCCAUUUCUUUAGGUUACUUGGAAGUUAAAAUACUUUUGUUCCAGACUUCUAUGUUGUGGGCACGGUGAAUGGAUCCUAGUAGGCCGAGGGCUCCCCUUUUUAAAGAGAAGCAUGGGGUGGUAGUACAGCAGACGGGAGAAGAAUUUUAAUAGAAAAUAUAACCUAUAACCCUGGCGAGGUUUGAUGAAAUUGUGUAGAUACAAUGGUCAGUUGAUGCGAAGAAAACUAUUUAAGUAAAUCAAACUUGGGGAUUAAUAACAUGCAGUGACAGAUGAAGGGAGGAAUAAACGGAUGGUUGUAACAUCUAGAAGUCCAUUCUACAGAUAUAUUUUCCGGCGCAGACCUUUGUACGGGGUGAAUCUAGUGACUAAGCGUAGAUAACGGAGGGCACAGUCCCACAGUGGGAACAAGUAGAUAGGCCUAAGACACCUCUAAGGAAGGGACCAUAUAUAUAUGAAAUGUACAUGAACAUCGUACAUGGAUUUUGUAAUACUAAGUGGUAUCCUUUGAUCUAUGUGCAUUACCAGAAACUAUUAUGCAUGCCUUGUUCUUUUGAUUUUUAAUGACCAUUAUUCCAGAGAGUACAACAGGAGGGAAAAAGAUGCCAAAAUUUACAAUGAGAGCUGAUUGUCAUGUUUUGUUUUUUUUAACGGAAACAAUGGAAUUGCGCGUAAUACACACUUUUUCUGUCCCCGUCCCUUUGUGUCUCUUUCAUUCCCUCAUGAUUACGUGAUGAGCUGUUCCAACAAGGGUGGGACUUGCUGUUGUUUGCAUCAUAAAAAUGUAAUAAAUGUUUUCAAUGAAUAACAGGCUUUAACAUUGA